AUGAAGAUGCUAACUAAGUUUGAGUCCAAGUCCACCAGAGCCAAAGGUAUCGCAUUUCAUCCUUCUCGGCCAUGGGUUUUGGUCGCGUUGUUCUCGUCUACGAUCCAACUCUGGGACUACAGAAUGGGGACCUUGUUGCAUAGAUAUGAAGAUCAUGAAGGACCCGUUCGUGGUAUUGACUUUCAUCCAACGCAGCCUAUCUUUGCGUCUUGCGGUGAUGAUUAUACUAUCAAAGUUUGGUCUCUUGACACCAAUAAAUGUUUGUACACGUUGAAUGGACAUUUGGAUUACGUCCGCACAGUCUUCUUUCAUAAUGAGCUGCCUUGGAUCAUCUCUGCUUCAGAUGAUCAAACAAUCAGAAUUUGGAACUGGCAAAAUCGCAAAGAGAUAGCCUGCUUAACUGGCCAUAAUCAUUUUGUGAUGUGUGCUCAGUUUCAUCCAAGUGAAGACAUGAUCGUGUCUGCGUCUCUAGAUGAGACCAUAAGGGUUUGGGAUAUUAGUGGUUUGAGGAAGAGGCACUCAGCUCCCGGCGCAUCAAGACUAGAGGAUCAAAUCGCGGCGCAGCAAAAUCUUCUGGAUGGUGGAUUUGGCGAUUGUGUGGUGAAAUUUAUACUUGAAGGUCAUUCUAGAGGUGUCAACUGGGCAUCUUUUCAUCCAACGUUACCGCUAAUUGUUUCCGGUGGUGAUGAUCGCCAAGUUAAACUAUGGAGAAUGAGUUCAACAAAAGCCUGGGAAGUUGAUACUUGUAGAGGUCAUACAAAUAAUGUUGAUUGUGUUAUUUUCCAUCCACAUCAAAAUUUAAUCAUUUCUGUUGGUGAGGAUAAAACUUUGAGGAUUUGGGACUUGGAUAAAAGAACUCCUGUGAAACAAUUUAAAAGAGAAAAUGACAGGUUUUGGUUAAUAGCUGCACACCCACAUAUCAAUUUAUUUGGUGCGGCUCAUGAUUCAGGUAUUAUGGUUUUUAAGAUGGAUCGUGAAAGACCAUGUAGUGUCAUUCACCAAAAUGAGCUGGUUUUCGUUAAUAAGGAGAAGCAAGUUCAGACCUUUGAUUACAAUAAUAAAGUUGCUUCUCUGCCAUAUGUUUCUUUGAAGAAUUUAGGCCAACCAUGGAACUCUUUUAAAAGUAUUUCCUACAAUCCUUCGCAACAUUCAAUUUUGGUUAACGAGGGCAAUGAUAGGUUUGCCUUGAUUUUAAUUCCAAAGAAGCCAACUGGAGCCGUUGAACCAUCCAAUGUUUUGGAAGAUUCUGGUAGAUUUGCGACUUUUGUUGCUCGUAAUCGAUUUGUGGUCUACAAUAAAACUAACGAAUCAUUGGAAGUUAGGACCCUCGAUAAUAAAGUAACUAAAACCAUUAAGAUUGCAGGGAUCGUGAACGAUAUUAUUAAUAGUAGUGCCGGCUGCGUAUUGAUUUUGCAACCCAAGGAAGUUAUUCUCUUUGACGUUCAACAGGGCAAGAAAUUAACUGAAAUUGCUCUGAAGAAUGUCAAAUAUGUUACUUGGUCACUGGAUGGUCAAUAUGCAGCAUUAAUGAGUAAACAUACAAUCACCAUUGUGACUAAAAGAUUGGAAUUGAUAAAUUCAAUGCAUGAGACUAUUAGGAUUAAAAGUGCGUGUUGGGAUGAAACAGGUGUUUUAAUUUACUCAACUCUGAAUCACAUCAGAUAUUGCUUAUUGAAUGGUGAUAAGGGCAUCAUCAAAACUCUGGAGAAUACUUUGUACAUCAAUAAAGUUCAUGGAAAAUUGAUAUACGCAUUGGAUCGCGACGGUGAGAUGAAAAUUUUAUCAAUUGAUCCAACCGAAUAUCGCUUCAAAAAGGCUUUGGCAAACAAGAAUUUCCCUGAAGUGCUUCGUAUCAUAAAAAAUUCUAAUUUAGUUGGGCAGAAUAUUAUAUUCUAUUUGCAAAAAUCUGGCUAUCCCGAAAUUGCCCUUCAAUUUGUUCAAGAUCCACAAACGCGUUUCGAUCUGGCUCUCGAAGAUGGGAAUUUGGAAGUUGCCUUACAGGAAGCUCAGAAAUUGGAUAAUCAUUCAAUUUGGGAAAGAUUAGCUAAUGAAGCUCUAUUGCAAGGUAACACUUCUUUAGUUGAAAUGAUCUAUCAAAUUCAAAAAUCUUUCGAUAAGUUAUCCUUCCUGUAUUUGAUUACUGGUGAUAGUACAAAACUGACAAAAAUGGAAACUAUCGCACAAAACCGUAGUGACAUUUCUAGUCUCAUUUCCAAUACGUUCUUCAACGAUUCGAGAGCUUCAAGAGCCAAUGUUUUUGCACAAGCUGGCUCUUUGCCUCUUGCUUAUGCAAUCGCAAAAGCUAAAGGAGAUGAUGAAGCAGCGUCCGGCUUUUUAGAGCAAGCUGGCUUCUCAGAGGAAGAUGUCGUGUUACCAGAGAUUGUUGAUGGAAGCACUCUUGUCAGGAAGCCAGUUGUGUCACAGCCCAUUACGAAAUGGCCAUUGAAGGAAGCGGAGCCUUCUUACUUUGAAAAAGCUGUUCUGAAUCAAAUUGACGAUUUGAGCCUUGAAGAUACCCAAGCCGAGGUGGAUUCGGUCAAACAAACCGAUUCGCAACCGGAAGAGGAUCUAUUUCAGGAUGAAACUGACGCUGCAGAUGAUGGUGGUGCCUGGGACAUGGGUGAAGGAGAUUUGGACAUGGAAGAAGUUUUAGAAACUGAGGAGAAUACAGGUACUCAAGUGAUAUCCAGCGAAGAAAGUGUGGUUUCUACAUGGGUAAAAAACUCUAAAUUACCGGCCGUACUUGUCGCAGCAGGUGCAUUCGAUGCCGCUGCCCAGGCUCUCAACAAGCAGGCCGGAAUUGUAAGUUUUGAACCAUUAAGGUUGAAAUUUGAGGAUGUCUUUGAAGGCUGUAGAACUUACAUGACCUCUACUCCAGUCGAACUUCCGGCAAUCGCUGGGUACAUCAACGCUGAUCCUGAAGAUGAAGAUUCUGCUACUAUUCUACCUCGUACGCCAACCGUCAGCGCAGUAACAGAACUCAUGAAUGAGGGUUAUAAAUAUUUCAAGGCAAACAAGUUAGAACAAGCAAUCAUGUCAUUCCGUAAUGCCAUCUAUACCAUCAUAUUGCUCGCUGUCAACAAUGAUGAGGACGAGAACACGGCAUUGAAAGCUUUAGAAAGGGCAAAGGAGUACAUUUUAGGCCUGUCUAUUGAAUUAAAGCGUCGUUCGCUUCCAGCUGAGAAUGUUAAACGAAACCUAGAACUAGCUGCGUAUUUCACAAGAGCCAAGUUAUCACCAGCUCAUAGAAGUAAUGCUUUACAAGUGGCGAUGUCUCAAAGCUUUAAAUACAAAAAUUUUGUAUUAGCCUCUUAUUUCGCCGCUGAGUUCCUGAAAAUCAUGCCUUCUGGUCCUCGUUCUGAGCAGGCCCGCAAGGUCAAAGACAAAGCAGAUUCUAUAGCCCAUGACGCUGUUGAGAUUGACUUCGAUCCAUACGCGGAAUUCACCAUCUGUGCUUCUACAUACACACCGAUCUACAAAGACACACGAAGCGUUAUAGAUCCUCUCACAGGUGCUACUUAUUUAGCAUCUGAAAAGGGAAAUGUAGAUAAAAUAGCGUUGGUUUCUAAAAUCGGUGCUCCAGCUUCAGGGUUGAGGAUACGCUAUUAG